UAUGCCACGUCGGUGUGAAGAAGAAGAAGUUGGGCUGAGGGCGGAGUCAACAACAACAUGUAUAGCUGAUUUUCGAUCCCCUUUCUAAAUUAUACAGACAGGCCACCGCUGAAGCCCAUCGCGAACCCUCCCGUCACCUCUCAAGAUGCGUCACACCUUCGUCUUCGGAGCGCUCCUUUGCCUGUUUUCUCAUCCGUCAGACAGUUUGUCAGGUGACAAAGUGAGGCUGAAAGACGUUCAGGUUCUCACUUUGCGGCAAGGACAGUACACCACCGGCCGCCGGUCCCAUCCGGUUCCUCAGCUGAACUGCCGCGGUGGCAGCGCAGGCUGCGAGGAUCAACCUUCGGUUGUUCAGUGCUACAACCGUGGAAGCGACGGCCGGGACACACAGUGGGAAUGCAAGGCCGAGAUGAAGAAAUCGCAGAAAUUCGGAUUGAUUCAAGUGACAUGCGAAGGGUACGAUUAUCCUCAAGACGAAUACAUACUGGUGGGAUCUUGCGGGCUGGAGUACUAUCUGGAGAGAACAGGUUUUUUCAGUGGAUCAUCGCCGAGCGUAAGUGGGCAGCACAGGCACAAUGGAUACACGCGCUCGACCCGCGCAUUUUGGUCCUUCGUGAACGUGAUCUUUUUCGUUCUUGCGGCGCUCGGAUUCUGCGUUUUCUGCCUCUGCUGCUUGUUCCUGUGUACUGCGGACACCCCCCAUUACAGCCAAGGGCGUUCAGCGUACGGCGCUGGCUACCGACCACUCGUAAUCCAGUCCGGGGCCUGCCACAGGUCACCGCCCCCUGUUCACGGCCUGUACGACAUCCCUCCGCCUUACUCGGCAAGCCAGUAUCUGAACACGAACUACGUGCGCGGUGCUCGAGGUAGGGCCCUGACUUUGGUACACAGCAAACACCUGCCGCCCGCGGGAAUCCUCAAGCCUCGGCGAAAGGCAAGAAUAACAACCAAUCGGACUACGAGUUGCGGUCCGGUAAUUUCGCCCGCCAGCACAUCACAAGGACCUGGCUUCUGGACUGGUGCGGCUACGGGCGGUCUACUAGGCUACCUGUUCGGGAAUAGGGGCUGCGACACAGGCGAAAGGACAGUGCAUGCUGCUCCCAUUGAAAGAACUUUUGAGCCGGUGUCGUUCUUUGGAAACAGUUGUACGAGUGACGGAUACACAGCUACUGAUGUUGGUAACGUGUUGAGCGAUGUGAUUACAUCUGCUGGCUUUGGAGGAACCGACAGGAGGUAGUCGUGAAAUGUGUCGUUCUGACUCGGCGAAUAAAAAUUACCAGCACAUCGUAGUUCAAAUUACCACAUCAUUUACCAUGACUAUUUAAAACAAUCACAGUAGGGGGAAACAAUGCAAUAAAAAUGUGACGCAAUUUCGAAAGUGUGCCUGAACUGCGAUAUCUUUAUUGCCACUUAGGUGUUGUUUCUCAAAGCAAAGCAUGACGCACAUGCAUGCAUGCGCCUCAUGUACCUUCUAAUUUAUAUAUAAUGUCAGGGUAUUCCCUGGCAUUAUAUAUAAACUAGAAGCAAAAGUCACCAGGUCCACAUACACAAGAAAACGUUUCAAACAAGUGUCGCAUUUCCACAACUCUGAUUGCUUGCAAUGGCGUCAUCGUAGUUUCCACUAUAGCAAACUUGAGAAGCUGCACAUUUAUGUAAUCCAAUUAUCUUUGGCUUAUCUCCAACAGUACGGUCGAGAGCCCGGUUCAGUCUACAAACAGUUCACUGAUAAGACGUCACAUGAAAGCCAUCUGGAAACUACUUAAA